AUGGCAUCUUGGGCCCUUUCCAGGAUAAUCAACCUCCAAAAACACCUCAACCCGACAAGUUCAACUCCAAAGGGUAGAGGGACAGUUAAGAUAUCCCCACAAGUUUCAGAAGCUUUAUCUCUUGGGAAAGCAGUGGUUGCUCUUGAAUCCACCAUUAUUUCUCAUGGAAUGCCAUAUCCUCAGAACUUGCAGACAGCCAAAGAAGUGGAGGCAAUAGUAAGAGAGAAUGGAGCGGUACCUGCCACUGUUGCUAUUUUGGAUGGCAUACCGUGCAUAGGUUUGUCUGUCGAGGAACUUGAGAGGCUGGCUAUCCUAGGAAGAAAAGCUCGAAAGACAGCUCGCAGGGACAUUGCACAUGUUGUGGCUACCCAAGGGAAUGGCGCCACAACUGUUUCUGCCACUAUGUUUUUUGCAUCCAUGGCCGGGAUUCCAAUAUUUGUCACUGGUGGUAUUGGUGGAGUGCAUAGACAUGGCGAGAGUUCUAUGGAUAUUUCUUCUGAUCUCACUGAGUUGGGAAGAACACCUGUUGCUGUAGUUUCUGCAGGUGUGAAAUCAAUUUUAGAUAUUCCAAGAACCCUCGAGUAUUUGGAAACACAAGGAGUUUGUGUUGCGGCGUAUCGAACCAAUGAGUUCCCCGCCUUCUUCACUGAAAAGAGUGGCUGUAAGGCACCGGCCCGUCUCGACUCCCCUGAAGACUUUGCUCGACUGAUAGAUACAAACAUUAAUCUUAAGCUAGGGAGUGGGAUUCUGAUUGCAGUCCCUAUACCAAGCGAACAUUCUGCCUCAGGAAACAUAAUUGAGUCAGCAAUACAGACAGCUCUCAAUGAAGCUCGGGAGCAGAAUAUAACUGGCAGUGCUGAAACUCCAUUCUUACUUGCUAGAGUGAAUGAGCUAACUGGAGGAGCCUCUCUUUUGUCGAACAUUGCUCUUGUGAAAAACAAUGCUCGCGUAGGUGCUCAGAUUGCAGUCUGCCUUUCUCGGCUCCAGAAACAAAGAUGUAAUGGUACCUAA